UUUCUAGAACCAGGAUUGAGACUGCUGCGAGAGGUCUCCAUGAGGUUACAUCCCAGCCACCAGCAGAUUGUAGGCAGCGAAGUAAAUUAAUACUGUAUUCUGAUAGUCUCAAACAUAAGCAGGCGACUUAGUUAGCUGAUGCUUUUAGCUGGUGUAAACCGAAAAUCUGGUCCGUUCAUUACCCGCUAAUUGCGAUGGAAACUCCGGAUGGAGCUGCUCAAAAUGACGUGGCAAUUGUUGAUAGGGCAGCUGAUGUUGCGGAUGACGCGGGAGAGCGAAAUGAAACGGAAGACGGUGAGACGCCGGUGAAGGAGGAUGACAGGAGUAAGAAGGACAGAGAGAGGAGGAAAAGCCGAGAUAAGGAUCGGGACAAGGAUAGGGAGAAGGAUCGGGACAAGGAUAGGGAGAAGGAUCGGGACAAGGAUCGAGGUGAUAAAGAAAAGGAGCGAUCGGAGCGCCACAAGGAUAGGAAGGAUAAGGAUAAGAGCAAGGAGAGGCGGAGUCGAGGGAAAGAGGACGGAGACGGAGAUAAGGAGAAGGAUAAGGACAGGGAUAAAGAGAGAGAUAAGGAGAAGAAGGAUAGGGAUAAGGAUAGGGAUAAGGACAAGGAUAAGAGCAGAGAGAAGGACGACGAGAGCAGGAAGGGUAGAGAUGAGGAGAGAAAGAAGGAGAAAGCAGAGGGGAAGGGAGGUGAUGGUAUGGAUGGGGAUGAGAAGAAGAGGGAGAGGAAGGAGAGGCAUAAGGACAGAGAGGGAGGCAGCAGCAAGAAAGAGAGGAAGGAUGACGACAAGGACAAGUCGAAGAGCCGAGACAAGGAGAAGGAAAGAGAGAAGGAAAAGGAGAAGGAAAAAGAACGGAAGAAGGAGAAGGAGAAAGAAAGCAAAGAGGCUGGUUUGGCUGAGGGGGGUAAGGAUGAGGAGGGAGAGGAAGGGGAGCUGAAGGAAGAGGGAGAAGCAGGGGAGGUAAAAGAGAAGGGAAAGGAUGAAAAGGAUAAGUCAAGGGGCAAGGAGAAGGAGAAGGAAAAGGAGAGGGACAGGAAGAGAGAUAAGGAGAGGGAGGAGAAGCGGGAGAAGGACAAAACGCGGGAUAAGGAGAAGGAUAAGGAUAAGGAUAAGGAGAAGGAUAAGGAGAAGGGGAGGGACAAGGAGAAACAGAGGGAUAAGGAGAAGGACAAAGAGCGGGAGAAGGGUGACAGAAUCAAGAGCAGGGACCGAGAUCAAGAGAGACACAAGGAGAGGGACCGAGACGCCGUGAAAGAUAAAGACGCGCGGAAAAAAUCGCCAGAAGCGGAUCGCCCUUCCCGCCGAAGACGCUCCCGCAGCCGCUCCCGCUCCCCCCGCCUCCUCCGCUCCCGCUCGCGCUCCGCCUCUCCCGGCCGCGCCGGCGGAAGGCGGGGGGAGUUCGCGGGCGCGCGCGGGCACGGGAAAGGGGGGCUCGCGCGCAGGGGGGGCGACCGGCGACAGCGCCACCACCGAUCGCGAUCCCGCAGCCGAUCUAGAUCUAGGUCCGAUUCGCUAAGCCUCUCUGUCUCUAGAUCGCGAUCUCGAUCCAGAUCGCCCAAUCAGGAGGAGAGAGUGAGGAGGGCGAGGGAGGAGAGGGAGAGGGAUGCUAUGGAGAGGUCCCCCUCUCCGGGGGAGAAAGCGAGGAGGCGGAGAGAGGAGAGGGAGAGGGAUAGCAUGGAGCGGAGCGGGUCUGAGGGGGAUGGGCGGAGAGGGGGGGCGCUGGGGGAGAGAGAGGCGGGGGAGGAGGGUGGAAUGCGGGGUGGAUGGGAAAGGGGGGAAAGCGGGCUGGAGCGAGACGCUGGGGGUGGUGCAGGGGGUGGGUAUUAUGGAGGUGGUGGUGCGUAUGGUAGUGGUAGCGCGGUUGGUGCUGCAGGAGGGGAUGGAGGGGAUGUGGAUAUGGCAGCUGCUGAUGCUGCAGAUGGUGGUUAUGGGGGUAUUGCCGGUGCUGGUGGUGCUGGUGACAUGGCUGCUGGUGCUGUGCUGCUCCCGGUGCCUCCUCUGCCGCCCCCUCCUCCGCCACCGAUUGACCCAGAAGCGGAGAUGAGGAUGAUGCAGAUGAUGGGCAUCCCCAUGGACUUCGAUAGCACCAAGGGAAAGGAGGUGAAGGGAGCCAAUCAGCUUAGUGCUGUGAAGCGGAACACUAAGAGGCAGCCACGUCAGUACAUGAACAGAAGAGGUGGUUUCAACCGUCCGUUGCCAGCUGAAGUCAAUCGUUGACAAGAUUUUGUUCAAGCCAAGCGUUUUGUUCAAGAGCAUGCACCCUGCGAGGGGAUGGUUGUUGCAGAAUGGUGCAUGAGUAGUAGGUCAUGAGGAUUUAUAGAGAGUGUUUCAGAUUUAUGUGGUGUUCGGCAUUCCAAUGCUUUUUUGUGAAUAAUGCGAUGUACCAACGCUCAG